AUGGCCCUUCUUCAGUCCAACAAGGAUCUGAUUUCCACAGGAAUGAAAGAAUUUAACACUCUGCUGAAUCAGCAGGUCAUGUCUAAGCAACCCAUCCCAGAAGAAGCGAUGGUGACUGUGGUGGAUGACUGGGUAAACUUCUACGUCAACUAUUACAGGCAGAAGAUGACGGGGGAGCAGGAAGAGCAGGAGAGGGCUUUGCAGGAGCUCCAGCAGCAGCUAAAUACUCUGACCAUCCCUUUCCUGGACAAAUACAGGGCCUUCCUGAAGUCCCUGUGA